AUGCCUGGGCUCCUCCCAAACUCUGGCUCCACCAGCACUGGAGUCCCCUGCCACCAGUGGCCAUGGGCCAGGGCCUGCCUGCAGAAGACUGCGGUCAUCCUGUGGUUGCUGCUCUCCAGCACCUUCCUGUCUCCCACAUGGGGUCAGACCAAGAUUCCUCUGGAAACAGUGAAGCUAUGGGCGGACACCUUUGGCAGGGACUUGUACAACACCAUCACCAAAUACUCGGGCUCCCUCCUGCUGCAGAAGAAGUACAAGGAUGUGGAGCCCAGUCUGAAGAUCAAGGAGGUGGACGGCCUAGAGCUGGUGAGGAAGUUCUCAGAGGACAUGGAGAACAUGCUGCGGAGGAAAGUGGAGGCUGUCAAGAGUCUGGUGGAGGCUGCUGAGGAGGCUGACCUGAACCAUGAAUUCAACGCAUCCCUGGUGUUUGACUACUAUAACUCAGUCCUGAUUAAUGAGAAAGAUGAGAAAGGCAAUUUUGUGGAGCUGGGUGCUGAGUUCAUCCUGGAGUCCAACGCACACUUCAGCAACCUGAGAGUAAACACUUCAGUCAGCAGCGUGCAACUGCCCACCAACGUGUACAACAAAGAUCCAGAUAUUUUAAAUGGAGUCUACAUGUCUGAGGCCUUGAACCCUGUUUUUGUGGAGAACUUUCAGAGGGACCCUACACUGACCUGGCAAUAUUUUGGCAGCUCAACUGGAUUCUUCAGGAUCUAUCCAGGAAUAAAAUGGACACCUGAUGAGAAUGGAGUCAUUGCCUUCGACUGCCGGAACAGCGGCUGGUACAUCCAAGCUGCCACUUCUCCCAAGGACAUAGUCAUUUUGGUAGACAUGAGCGGCAGCAUGAAGGGGCUGAGGAUGGCUAUUGCCAAGCAUACCAUCACCACCAUCUUGGACACCCUGGGAGAGAAUGACUUCAUCAAUAUCAUCGCGUACAAUGACUACGUUCAUUACAUCGAGCCCUGUUUUAAAGGCAUCCUUGUCCAGGCGGACAGAGACAACCGAGAGCAUUUUAAACAGCUGGUGGACGAGCUGGUGGUCAAAGGCGUAGGGGUCGUGGACCAAGCCCUGAGUGAGGCCUUCCAGAUCCUGAAGCAGUUCCGAGAGGCUGGGCGAGGAAGUCUCUGCAACCAGGCCAUCAUGCUGAUCACAGACGGGGCCGUGGAGGACUACGAGCCAGUGUUUGAGAAGUAUAACUGGCCAGACCGCAAGGUCCGGGUCUUCACUUACCUCAUCGGGAGAGAAGUGACUUUUGCUGAGCGCCUGAAGUGGAUUGCCUGCAACAACAAAGGCUACUACACACAGAUCUCCACGCUGGCUGACGCCCAGGAGAACGUGAUGGAAUACCUGCACGUGCUCAGCCGGCCCAUGGUCAUCAACCAUGACCACGACAUCAUCUGGACAGAAGCCUACAUGGACAGCAAGCUCUUUACCUCAAAGACACAAAGCCUGACACUCCUUACCACCGUGGCCAUGCCUGUCUUCAGCAAAAAGAAUGAAACGCGAUCCCAUGGCAUUCUCCUGGGUGUGGUGGGCUCUGAUGUGACACUGAGAGAACUGAUGAAGCUGGCACCCCGCUACAAGCUUGGGGUACAUGGAUAUGCCUUUCUGAACACUAACAAUGGCUACAUCCUCUCACAUCCUGAUCUUCGACCUUUGUACAGAGAGGGGAAAAAACUAAAGCCCAAGCCCAACUACAACAGUGUGGACCUCUCUGAAGUGGAGUGGGAAGACCAAGCUGAAGUCCUGAGGACAGCCAUGAUCAACGGGGAAACAGGUUCUUUCUCUAUGGAUGUGAAGGUUCCUCUGGACAAAGGGAAGCGAGUCCUUUUCCUGACCAAUGACUACUUCUUCACGGACAUCAGUGACACACCUUUCAGCUUGGGAGUGGUGCUGUCCAGGGGCCAUGGGGAGCGCAUUCUCCUGGGAAACACGUCUGUGGAAGAAGGUCUGCACGACUUGCUUCACCCAGAUCUGACCCUGGCCAGUGACUGGAUCUACUGCAUCACGGAUAUUGACCCCGACCACCGGAAGCUCAGCCAGCUGGAGGCCAUGGUCCGCUUCCUAACAGGGGAGGAUCCAGACCUCGAGUGUGAUGAGGAGUUGGUGCGGGAGGUGCUGUUUGAUGCAGUGGUGACAGCCCCCAUGGAAGCUUACUGGACUGCGCUGGCUCUCAACAUCUCUGAGGAGUCCGAGCAAGGGGUAGAGCUGGCCUUCCUGGGCACCCGGGCUGGUCUCCUUCGAAGCACCUUAUUUGUGGGCUCCGAGAAGUUGUCCGACAGGAAAUUCCUGACACCUGCCGAUGAGGCCAGCAUUUUCACCAUGGACCAUUUCCCCCUGUGGUACCGCCAGGCUUCCGAGCAGCCCCCUGGUAGCUUUGUCUUCAACCUACGCUGGGCAGAUGGACCAGACGGCACGGGCACGCCAGUUUCCGUAACAGUGAGCACCGCGGUAGCCGUGACGGUGGAGGAGAAGGCAGCCAUUGCUGCAGCGGUGGGCAUCCAGAUGAAGGUGGAAUUCCUCCAGCGCCAGUUCUGGGCAGCAACGCAGCAGUGCAGCGCUGAGGAUGGGCAGUGCCCACAGAGCUGCGAGGACAGCGAUCUGGACUGCUUCAUCAUAGACAACAAUGGCUUCAUUCUGAUCUCGGAGAGGGCACAGGAGACGGGAAGAUUUCUCGGGGAGGUGGAUGGUGCUCUCAUGACCCAGCUGCUCAGCAUGGGGGCGUUCAGCCAAGUGACCAUGUAUGACUACCAGGCCAUGUGCAAAGCCCUGGAUCCCCACCACAGCUCUGCCCAGCCCCUGGUCAGCCCAAUCUCAGCCCUCCUGACGGCGACCAGGUGGCUGGUGAAGGAGCUCUUACUGUUCCUGCUGGAAUGGAGUGCCUGGGGCUCCUGGCAUAACAGAGGGGGUGAUGCCAAAGCUGUCUUCCAUCACUCCCACAAGCACAAGAAGCAGGACCUGCUGCACCCCUGCGACACUGAGUACCCCGUGUUUGUGCACCAGACCGCCGUCCAGGAGACCAACGGGGUCAUCGCAUGCGGGACCUGCCAGAAGAUGUUUGUGAUGCAGCAGAUUCCCAGCAGCAACCUCCUCUUGUUGGUGACAGACCCCACCUGUGACUGCGGUGCCUUCCCGCCAGUCCUGCAAGAGGCCACGGAAGUCAAAUAUAAUGCCUCAGUCAAGUGUGACAGGAUGCGCUCCCAGAAGCCCCGCCGGCGACCGGAUUCCUGCCAUGCCUUCCACCCGGAGGAGAAUGCCCAGGACUGUGGUGGCGCCUCUGACACCUCGGCCUCGCUCCUCCUGCUCCUACUGCCUCUGGGUGCCUGCAUGCUUCUGCCUUAGCUUCUGCGGUAGCACAGCCCACUCUGACCCCACAGUGGAAGGGGCGUCUUCCAGAGACAUUCUGGAAAGUCAGCAGCUGACGGGGAGCUGGCUCACUGCGGUCAGGUUGGCUUCCAGGCCCAAACCUCAUCUCAAUCCUGAACUAAUGGUCCCUGCUGGAGGGGCCACUGAGUGCCCUUCAGAAGGAGGAAGACUGCUGGAAGGAACAAAAACACCAACAUCCCAGAAGUCAUGUCCCUAAGAGCCUCCAGGGUGCCCGGUUCCAUUCACCGCAAGACUCCACAGGCAUCCUCCUCUAUCUCCCCGUCUCCUGUUUAGGAGUCUGCACAAGCUCAACACCAACCAAGACAAAAAAAUUUAAUUCACCUUUCUCCACAUCAGAACCCAUUAAAGGAGAGAGUGAGCUGUCACUAAUGAACCAGGCUGGUCUUCAGCAGAACAGAAGGAUGUAGAGGUGCAAAGGAGGAGAAUAAAGCUAAGGGCAAAGGAGACUGGGGCGAAAACAUGUCCUGCCUAAAACAUAGGGGGGUGGCCACUGUGUGUGUGUGCGCGCGUGAGAGAGACAGAGACAGAAUCAAGGGAGCAAAUAGUAAAAGGACAAGAAUAGGAUAGAAUAGGAAUAGGUAUUAAGCCCAGAUUGUUACUGAAGAGCCUUCUGAAAAAUUUUUUACAAAGCCUCACUUAAAGGUAAACGAUCAUCUAAUCAACAGCCAGCAGGUGGAUCUCUUCAGGUGCUGCACGGGACCACGGUGCACCCAGGGGAGGUAGCAGGGGCAGCAGCCGCCAAGCCUUGAGACCGGGUAGAGGCAGGGCAUCCUCCAUGGCGACACAGCGAGGGGGAUCUGAACACUGACUACAGCUAGAACUUUGAGGAACAUUGCCGCGUACGAAGUGGAGUGCAUAGUGAAGGCAGCUGUACCUGGAGACCACACACACACACACACACACACACACACACACACACACACACCUCUCCCAGGGUCCCAGUUUCUGGUUUCUCUCCCUUCAAACCUGGAUCUCAAGAUGUAGCAGACUCACUCCACUGUGACAGCAAAGGGCAGAAUCAUGUAAAACUUCCAGGGUGGCCUCCAAUCUUUGAGUUUAGGCAGCCCAGCCCAUGAUAGGCAUGACCUGUGAGGGCCUUCAGGAACCCUUCCCCACUUUCCAGCCCCCGGCCUCCACAUGAGAAGUACUAGUUGUCCAAGUUCCACACAGAACACAGCCCUCAUUUCCCUCUACAGUGGGCUGACCCUAUACAACGCAUUUAUUGUAAUAUCUGAAAGUGCCUUACAUCAUAGAUGUUCACCGAGUGUUACUGUCGUUUAAACCUCAGAACAAUCCUGUGAGGUAGAGAUUAAUCCCCCUACAUGGCUGAAGAGACUGACACGUGGAGAAGUUCACAUGCAAAGGAAAGUAACAUGCAUUAAUUAGCAUGUUAAAUACUAGCUCAUUCAACCCUCACAACCCUCUGGGGCCUAGACCAUGACUUCUCCCCAUUUUAGAGAUGAGGAAACUGAAGCUUAAGAGUUGAAAACUGGCUCAAAAUUGUUGCAAGAUUAUUGUGAAGACUGAAUGUAAUAUAUUUAUACAAGGAGCCUAGAACUGCCUAGCAUACAGUAUGAAACACGUUACUAUUAUAGUACCUUGUUCUGUGGAGGUGGAGACAAAGAAAUGAGAGCCUUGAGUCGGAUGGGUUAGGGAGCCGCAGGAGCCCUUUCUCCAGCCAGCUCAGCCAAGCGGCUGUUUCCCCUUCUGUCCGAUGGCCGGGGCAGGAUGCGUGUCCUGGUUCCUGCUCCAGCCCCUCCUCACUGGGGCACACUGUCACCCAUCUCUGGCAUUAAUAAACGUUCUUACCUCCAAUA